AUGGCUCUGCCUGAGUACCUUCAGCGCUUCUCAUCUUUUGGCUGGGUCGACAAGAGUUUUGAGUCAGAGACUUUGCUCUCGGGGUACGUGGAUGCUUCGUGGAACGUGUGUUCCGUGUCGGGAGCCAUUGUCCUUUGGCAUGGGAUGAUGGUCAAGCGCUUCUCAAGAAAACAGUCGGUGACGGCCUUAAGCUCGGCGGAAGCAGAGCUGGCCGCGCUCACAGAAGCGGCUAAGGAAGCUGUCUACUUGUCUCUUUUGCUUGAAACGCUCCUUCAAGGCCUCCCUUCAGGUGACACGGGAUCGUAUCCCAUUUACAUAUCUUCUGACAGUGAAGCUGCAUUGUCAAUUUCCAAAAUGAAAGGCCUUCUGCGUCGAGUUCGGCAUUUGGAGCUGAGGCAUAGGUUUCUACAAGAACUUGUGCAGAGUGAGAGGCUGCACCUCACCUUCAUCCAAGGAUGCUUGAAUCCGAGCGAUGGGCUCACGAAGAGUCCUGAAGAAGCGAUGCUCCAGCAGAGGAGGCUGCCCUGGGGCCGUCAGGUUCACCGGAAGUGCCCAUCCAGCCAGCUGGCCUCCUCAUAA